AUGGAUCCGCUGAGUGCCACGGCCAGCGUCAUCGCUAUCCUUCAGCUCUCAGCCAAAGUCCUUUCCUACUUGAACGACGUCAAGGACGCCUCCAAAGGCCGUGCGCAGUGCGCGAUCGAAGCUAGCAAUCUACACAACCUCCUGACAAACCUGAGAUUUCGACUAGAAGAGGGACAUGGCCACCAGCCGUGGUUCAGCGCAGUGCAAGCCCUUGCCGUCGAGAACGGGCCGCUCGACCAGUUCAAGCAAGCGCUGGAAACUCUGCAGGCAAAGAUGACAGACGGAGGUCGGCUGAAGAAAGUCAACCAGGCGUUGAUAUGGAAGUUCAAGAAAGAAGAGGUCGACACCAUCUUGGCUCGCAUGGAACGACUGAAAACGCUGGUGGAGAUCGCGUUACAGAUGGAUCACUUACGCGCAAGAAAACUCUCCCAAGCUAUCAAAGACGACACUGGCUCUAUUCGCACGCACGUAUCGGCUAUCGAGUCUGCUGUUAACAAAGUGCAGCAGGUACAAGUCACCGCAACCCAGCGCAUUCUUCUAGAAUGGAUAUCGUCGAGCGACUAUCCCGCUCAGCAAUCGGACAUCAUAAAGCGCAGGCAGGAAGGGACAGGCCAGUGGUUCCUACAUGCACCCGAAGUGGCAAGAUGGCUCGGUGACGCCAAGACCACCCUCUUCUGCCCAGGAAUCCCGGGUGCUGGCAAGACCAUGGUAGCGGCUAUUGCAGUCGAUCAGCUUCUAGACUUGGCGCAAAACGGCGCAUACGGAGUGGCGUACGUUUAUUGCAACUACAAAUCUCAAGCAGAUCAGGACAUCGUUAGCAUAUUAGCAGCCAUCCUCAAGCAGCUAGUUCAGAGCCGGCCGUCAGCACUGGGUCCUGUGGAAAGAUUACAUCAGAAACACGCCGGCCGCGGCACGAAGCCAUCGCUCGAUGAUAUAUACAGCACUCUUCGAGACGUGCUCACACAGUAUCCGUACGUUCAUAUAGUCGUCGAUGCGCUAGACGAGUGUCAGAACGAAACACGCCGGCAGCUAUGCACCAAGCUCUUCGAUCUACAGAAAGGAGCAGACAUGCGAUUAAUGGUCACCUCGCGUUUUGUGCCAGAUGUUGAGGACGCUUUUCGGCUAGCAUCGAGACUAGAGGUAGAGGCUAGUGAUGAGGACGUCAAGCAGUUCGUAGCUGGCCAAAUACACCGGCUGCCCGGAUGUGUCCAGCGCAGCGCAGCCCUGCAGAAAUUGGUGCAGGAAAGAGUAGUCGAGGCUGUCGGCGGCAUGUAA